GCCGCGGCGGCGGCGGCGGCCGAGGCGGGGCUGCACGUCUCGGCACUCGGCCCGCACCCUCCCGCCGCGCAUCUGCGCUCGCUUAAGAGCCUGGAGCCCGAGGACGAGGUCGAGGACGAUCCCAAGGUGACGCUGGAGGCCAAGGAGCUGUGGGACCAGUUCCACAAGCUGGGCACCGAGAUGGUCAUCACCAAGUCUGGGAGGCGGAUGUUUCCUCCAUUCAAGGUGCGAGUCAGUGGCCUGGACAAGAAGGCCAAGUACAUUCUGCUGAUGGACAUUGUGGCCGCCGAUGAUUGCCGUUAUAAAUUCCAUAACUCGCGCUGGAUGGUGGCGGGCAAGGCCGACCCAGAGAUGCCCAAACGCAUGUACAUCCACCCGGACAGCCCAGCCACGGGAGAGCAGUGGAUGGCCAAGCCUGUGGCCUUCCACAAGCUGAAACUGACCAACAACAUCUCCGACAAGCAUGGCUUCACGAUCCUGAACUCCAUGCACAAGUACCAGCCGCGCUUCCACAUCGUGAGAGCCAACGACAUCCUGAAGCUGCCCUACAGCACCUUCCGCACCUACGUGUUCCCCGAGACCGACUUCAUCGCGGUCACUGCCUACCAGAAUGACAAGAUCACGCAGCUGAAGAUCGACAACAACCCGUUUGCCAAGGGCUUCCGUGACACCGGGAAUGGCCGGCGGGAGAAAAGGAAGCAGCUGACGCUGCCGUCCCUGCGCCUGUACGAGGAACACUGCAAGCCGGAGCGCGACGGCGCGGAGUCGGACGCCUCGUCUUGCGACCCUGCCCCCGCACGGGAACCGCCACCCUCCCCGGGGUCAGCGCCUAGUCCCCUGCGCCUGCAUCGGACCCGAGCCGAGGAGAAGUCGUGCGCUGCGGACAGCGAUCCGGAGCCAGAGAGGCUGAGCGAGGAGCGCGCGGGGCCGGCGCUAGGCCGCAGCCCGGCCCUGGACAGCGGCAGCCCCCCUCGCUUGACCGAACCUGAGCGCGCCCGGGAGCGGCGCAGCCCCGAGAGGGGCAAAGAGCCGGCGGAGAGCGGCGGGGACGGCCCGUUCGGCCUGCGGAGCCUAGAGAAGGAGCGCGCCGAAGCCAGGCGGAAGGACGACGGGCGCAAGGAAGCGGGCGAGGGCAAGGAGCCCGGCCUGGCGCCGCUGGUGGUGCAGACGGACAGUGCGUCCCCCCUGGGCGCCGGACACCUGCCGGGCCUGGCUUUCUCUGGCCAUCUGCACGGGCAGCAGUUCUUCGGGCCGCUGGGGGCCGGCCAGCCGCUCUUCUUGCACCCGGGACAGUUCGCCAUGGGCCCCGGAGCCUUCUCCGCCAUGGGCAUGGGUCACCUGCUGGCCUCGGUGGCGGGCGGCGGCGGCAGUGGUGGAGGAGGCGGGCCAGGGACCGCCACGGGGCUGGACGCAGGCGGGCUGGGUCCCGCAGCCAGCGCGGCAAGCACCGCUGCGCCCUUCCCUUUCCACCUCUCCCAGCACAUGCUGGCAUCUCAGGGAAUCCCAAUGCCCACUUUCGGAGGCCUCUUCCCCUACCCCUACACGUACAUGGCAGCCGCUGCGGCCGCGGCCUCUGCUUUGCCAGCCACGAGUGCUGCGGCUGCAGCUGCGGCGGCCGCAGGCUCCCUGUCCCGGAGCCACUUUCUGGGCAGUGCCCGGCCCCGCCUGCGUUUCAGUCCCUACCAGAUCCCGGUAACUAUCCCGCCUAGCACUAGCCUCCUCACCACGGGGCUGGUGGCGGAGGGCUCCAAGGCUGCAGGCAGCAACAGCCGGGAGCCCAGCCCGCUGCCGGAGCUGGCUCUCCGCAAGGUUGGGGCCCCUUCCCGAGGUGCCCUGUCACCCAGCGGCUCAGCCAAAGAGGCAGCCAGUGAACUGCAGAGCAUCCAGAGACUGGUGAGUGGGCUGGAGAGCCAGCGAGCCCUCUCCCCCGGCAGGGAGUCGCCCAAGUGAGGGGGCUGCCCAGCUGCUCCGCUGCCGCGCAGACCUCCCGGGCUGUCUGCCCCUGCUGCUUGGGACGUGUACAGCACAGAAUGGGUAUUUAUUUAAAUAAAGGAGCAACAGCGGGCUGCAGCAGCCGGAAUAGAGGCCCCAUCAGCCAGCCGGGGCCUGGGACAUUUCCCUGGGCCUCACAAGGAAUCCAGCUGCCGGGAACACAGUCGCUUAGGAGCCACUGGUCACGGUCCAGAUCUGCUCCAGGGUCAAGUUGGCAUUGGCCAGGGGCCCCUCUGGGUCCUCCAGCGCUGUGGGGAGGCCUCAUCACCCCGCCCUUCCAGAGUCUCUUCCAGAGCCAGAAGGUGCAGGAAUCAGGGAUGGGAGCCUCGGAGAGAACCCCAGAGCCCCUAGCCUUGAGCCUGGACCGCUUGAGAAUCUGCAGUGAGGGAUGCUGGGCUCAGUGAAGACUGAAGUCAGUGUAGACUUGAGCUGGGAGGGACCUGUUCUUUUAGUCCUCCCACUUCUUACCCCGAAAAGACAGGCGCCCCUCCCACCCCUGGGUCAGCGGAGGGAGUGGCACUUCUGCCUUGAGUCCCCAGGGAAAAAAAAAAA